CCUGGUUUUGCCUCCUUCCCUGAAUCCUGCCCUCUGCUUCUCUCUCUUUCUCUCUCUUCCUCUUCCUCUGUUUCGGCCUUCUUUAUAUCUUCCUCGAAUUCCUCCGGUCGCCAUCAUUCGCAGCUUCGCACGGGACCGGGGCGGGGGGUGUGCGCCAUUCCUCGCAUCUCUGUCGAGCGUGCGCCGUUUCGUGCGUCCCCCUGCUGUUCUCGUUUCGGUCCCAGUUUAGACAAACCAACGCCCCCUGACGGAAGUCACUUCCGUUGGCGCUUUCCCCUGUCCUUGCUCGUGUGAAUUCAAAUCCUCCCGUCAUUGCCCGCGUCGAAAUUCUUCAUCUUGGAGCUUCUUGCACUGUACCCAUCUUCCCCAUCUUCCGUUUGACCAAGUAACGGCAAUAUAAACCGAUCCGCCGGCCGGCUAUGGCGAUUCCGCAGAUACCCACGACCUGUUCUGCUUCGCCCUUCGUCUUGUUUGAGUCGGUGGAGGGAGUUCGGCCGAUGCCCAUGUAGAGAAUCCGAUAGCAUUGGAUUGGUUAAUGGGGGGUUACAAUGACACCCGUUGAUUGAACAAGUUAAAAAAAGAGGAGUGUUGUGAAUUCGACGGACACCACGACCUCGAAUAGCAGGUCCAGGAGGAACCGGCGGCGUCAGAGGGAGGCGGUUGCGAUGCCGACGACGUCGCCGGUUCAGCGGCUAUUCGACACGUGCAAGGAGGUAUUCGCCGCGGGCGGGGCCGGCAUCGUGCCUCCGCCGGAGGAUGUCGAGCGUGUCAAGGCCGCUUUAGAUGGCAUGCAACUGGACGAUGUGGGCCUUAGGCCUGACACGCCAUACUUUCACAUAAUGGCAGCAGAAAGGUCACCAAUUGUAGCACGCCUGCGUCUCCAUGAAUGCGAUAAAUUUUCGAUAGUGAUCUUCUGCUUGCCAGCAUCCAGUGUGAUUCCUCUACAUAACCACCCUGGAAUGACGGUUUUCAGCAAGCUUUUAUAUGGAACAAUGCACAUCAAAUCAUAUGAUUGGAUGGCUGAUGGCGCCAGUGGCACAGCUGUUCUCAGUAAUCCUCAAAUCCAUCCUAGUGGGGCUCGCUUGGCAAAGGUCAAGGUCAACUCCGAGUUCACCGCUCCGUGUGAAACGUCCAUUCUGUAUCCAGCCAACGGAGGCAACAUGCACUGCUUCACCGCUGUCACAGCUUGCGCAGUUCUCGAUGUGUUAGGCCCACCCUACUCCGACUCUGAAGGCCGACACUGUACCUACUACCGCGACUUCCCGUUCACCAGCUUCUCAGUUGAUGGAGCAUCAUCAUCAUCAUCAUCAUCAGUGCCAGAAGAAGAGAGAGAAGGUUAUGCAUGGCUUCAGGAGAAACCGGAGGAUUUUACUGUGGUGAGAGUUCCUUACGAAGGCCCGAGAAUUAGAACAGACAAUUAAAUCCAACACCAACCCUUGGCUUGGCCAGAUCUUCUCACGUUAGACAUUCCUGCUGCUAUUUCUUGCAGCCAUUCAGCUUUUGUUCUUGGUUUCUUUUUUUUCUCUUUUUUUUGUCUCUCCCUCCCUCCCCGCUUUCUUCUUUCCUUCUUUUUGCGGGACAUGAGGCACCAGAGGGCCUUUUCGGGUUUCACAGUUAGAUGUACAUACUCCCAAAGGAAAAAUUAGAGCCAAAAGGACGUCUUUUGAAAUUGGGUGGUGUAACUUUGGUUGUUGAAUGCGAAGAAAUGCUAUAAAUGGUUCAGUCUUUUUACUC